UUCAUUUUUUUUCAAAGAAAAAAGUUUUUGCUCUCUCUCAAUGCUUUUGGCUUAAUUUCGCGUCUGUUUUGUUUCUGUCUGUAAUCUCCUUUCUUUUACUUCCUCAACCAAUCCCAUUAAAUUCUCUUCAUUCAAUGCUUGAAUUUAAGACCCUCUUCCCUCGCCUGCAAAAUUAGGUGUGCACUUCAUGUAUAUGGAGCGAUAGAGAGAGGAUUUGCUACGCAGUGGUUUCCAUUAAGCAAAAAAUAAGAGAAAAAAUGGUUUUUUUCCCUUUUCUUUUUUACCUUCAAAGUCUCAACGACCUCUCAGGGCAUUUAUAAGACAGUGGUGCAAUUUCAAGAACACAGUCUGGCCUUAAUAAUUGCUUUCAUUAUAUUUCUCCUAUAAAUCUCCUCUUUCAUUACUCUGCUUUUUGUACUACCACUCUCCAUCUCUCUGCACUUCUCCUCUUCUCUCACUUUUUCUGCUCAUGAUACAAAACUCAAAUCCCUCUUUCCGCCAUUAUCGAAUCUGCUCUCGCAUUUGAGCUUUCUUUUUUUUUUUUUUUUUCAUUUUCCUGGGGCAAGCAAGCAAAGCUAAGCUUUUCUCUUGAUAUGUUAUGGAAUAUGGAUAUAUCUACGGCUUUAAUGCUUUUCUCGGCUGUCACUGCUUACCUAUUGUGGUUCACCUUCAUCUCACGGUCACUAAAGGGUCCACGUGUAUGGCCCCUAUUGGGGAGUCUUCCUGGCUUGAUUGAGAACUGUGACCGCUUGCAUGACUGGAUCUGCGAUAACCUAAGUGCCUGCGGCGGCACGUACCAGACAUGCAUCUGUGCAAUUCCCUUCCUGGCCAAGAAGCAAGGUCUCGUUACCGUCACCUGCGACCCGAGAAAUAUAGAGCACAUUUUGAAGACCCGCUUCGACAAUUACCCCAAAGGACCCACCUGGCAAGCCGUCUUCCAUGAUCUGCUUGGAGAAGGGAUCUUUAACUCUGAUGGAGACACGUGGCUUUUCCAGCGUAGGACUGCCGCACUGGAAUUCACCACUAGAACUCUCCGCCAAGCUAUGGUUCGAUGGGUUACCCGAGCCAUAAAGUUGAGAUUCUGCCCAAUUCUUGAAACUGCUCAGCUCAAGGGCGAGGCGAUCGAUCUUCAGGACCUGCUGCUUCGGCUCACGUUCGAUAAUAUAUGCGGCUUGGCUUUUGGCAAGGACCCGCAGACUUGCGCCCCGGGACUUCCAGAUAACAGCUUUUCUUCAGCUUUUGAUCGAGCCACCGAAGCCUCUCUUCAACGAUUUAUUUUGCCUGAAGUAUUGUGGAAGUUUAAAAAAUGGCUUAGGCUGGGCAUGGAAGUCAGCUUGAGCCGAAGCCUUACCCAGCUCGACGACUACUUAACGGCCGUUAUUGAAGCCCGUAAAAAAGAGUUAUUACACCAACAAAAAGACGAAAACCCCCACGAUGACUUGCUGUCAAGAUUCAUGAAGAAGAAAGAAUCCUACUCAGACACUUUCCUUCAACACGUGGCACUUAAUUUCAUCCUAGCUGGACGUGACACCUCAUCGGUUGCCCUCUGCUGGUUCUUUUGGUUGAUCAUGCAAAACCCGUCAGUUGAAGAGAAAGUCUUAAGCGAAAUAUCCACCGUUUUGAUUGAGACGCGUGGGGACGACGUGUCAAGAUGGGUUGAUGAGCCAUUAGAGUUUCAUGAAAUUGAUCGCUUGAUCUAUCUAAAAGCAGCAUUAUCAGAAACCCUAAGGCUAUACCCUUCGGUGCCCGAGGACUCAAAGCACGUAGUAGCCGAUGAUGUGUUGCCGGACGGGACCUUCGUGCCGGCUGGGUCAUCAGUAACGUAUUCAAUAUAUGCGACGGGGAGAAUGAGGUCUACGUGGGGUGACGACUGCUUGGAGUUUCGCCCAGAGAGGUGGUUAACGCCAGAUGGAAAGCAGUUCAUAUUGCAUGACUCGUAUAAAUUUGUAGCAUUUAAUGCAGGUCCAAGAAUUUGCUUGGGGAGAGGUUUGGCAUAUUUACAAAUGAAGUCGGUGGCGGCAGCCGUGUUGCUGAGGCAUAAGCUGACGGUAAAGCCUGGACACAAGGUGGAGCAGAAGAUGUCGCUGACAUUAUUUAUGAAAGAUGGGCUGAAGGUUAAGGUGCAGAAGAGGGAUUUGAAGGAAAUUGUAGAAAGAGCAAAGAGGAAGGAAAUUGGCGUCAGAUGUAACGACGUUAGUGGGAGUGAAGAAGAAGAGGUAGUUGGUGUAGUUUAAGGUAUUUGUUUUGGUAUUGGUGAGGUUGUUGAUGGACAUUAAUGGAGGUGGAUCGUACUCCGCGUGAAUUGAAGGUGGGGAAAGGUGAGUUUCAUUGCUCAUCACGAGUUUUGAAGACAGUUGUUCAUGGAGCUGCUCGUAUCAUAAAUCAUUUCUAUAUAGCUUAGCUUUUCAUUUGCUCAUCAAUGGGGGAGAGAGAAAGAGAGAGGGAAUAGUUGAGUGAGUUUCUUGAACUAACUCUUGCUUUUUUCAAUUAUUUUGUGGGCAAUCCUUGAGAAAAUUUUUAUAAAUUCUUUAUUUAUGUUCUCGUUCUUUCUCUUUCAUCUUUAAUUUGUAAUUGCAUUAUUGGACAAUAAUAAUGUGAAAAUAAUACUCAUAAUAUAUAGAUACCAAUAUUAAUUUAAUUGUUAUGUCUAUUUUUGUUUGAGUGUGAAAUCUAUCGAGUGAUUAUUGACGUUA